AUGGCGUCGGAGAUUUUGGACGAAUGGGCAUUACGAAUCGUUGUCCUUGUCAGUUUCGUUCUGCAGGUAGUCCUAUUCUUGUUUGCAGGGGUCCGGCGGCGCCGCUCCUGCGACGUCCGGCGAACUUUCGUCUGGAUAUCGUAUCAGCUGGCUGAGCACAUCGCGAAGUACGGCCUAGGCCUAUUCAAGCUCAGCUGCCCGGACCCGGAGCGGCAGCAGGUGGUCGCACUCUGGGCGCCGCUACUGCUGCUCCACCUCAGCGGCCCGGACACCAUCGCCGCCUACGCCCUCGAGGACAACAACCUGGGGCGACGCCGGCUGGGGGAGGGUUUCCUCCCGCAGGUUGUCGCCGUCGCAUAUAUUCUGUCGGCAUCAUUCCCAGAAGGAUGCUGCAGCUGCACGGGGAACUACCUUCACCCGACGGCGUGGCUCUUGUUCGCCGUCGCCUUUGUCAAGAACUUAGAAAGGUUAUGGGCGCUGGAUUGCGGAACACUUGGGAGCAUCCGCGACACCGUCAGGAAGCAGAAGCGCGACAAGAAUGGAUCUUCUCAACCUGGAGUAGUAUGCAAGAGACAGUGCCAAGAUCCCGAUGAUCUCCUGCUGUAUGCUCACUCCCAGUUCCCGUUGUGCCGGGCCGCCCUGGUCGACUCCUCCUGGGUGGACAUGGACAUGGAUACAUCUCAAUCUGACGCUGCUGGCGAGACGAUAUUUUCGGACGAAUGGGGCUGGAAGGAGAAGUUCACGGUGUUCCAGAUGGAGCUCUCCCUGCUGUACGACAUCAUCUACACCAAGGCGCGUGUUAUCCACACCUGGUAUGGCUACUGCAUCCGUCUGGUUUCGCCGGUGGCCACCUUCGUAGCGUUGCUGCUGUUCCAUCUCAGCGAUAGCAGCGGCUGCACUGGAGGUGCACCACGAGCUGACGUCGGCAUCACCUGCUUCUUGCUGGUUGGUGCAAACGUAUUCGACGCAGUGCCGCUGGUGACAGCGGCCGGGUCGAGCUGGGCGUACGCUGUCCUGGUCAGCAGAAGGCCGAGAUGUCAGUGGCUCUACCAUAGAGCGGUUUGCAGUGGGAAAUGGCACCGCCUUCGCCGCUGGCUGGUGCGUCUCCGCCGGCUUCUCAACGUGGACGGCAGGAGAAACUGGUCAGGCGCCAUUGGGCAGCACAACCUGUUGCAGCUGUCAAAGAAGAACCACUCCAGUACCUGUACCUGUACCUGUACCACAGUGCAUAUUCCUGAGCAUGUCAUGGAGUUAGUGUUCAAGAACAUGGUGGCAAUCAUUCUGAGGUUACCAGACUCGGAUGACGCCGACUGUGGUACCGAGCACAGUUCAUCCAAUUCUUGCUGCAUGCAGAUCGUCGACCCAGGUGACAUCUGUGGACAGCCGACCCAGGAGAUCAGUAGUUGCUGCACGGUGUCGCCGGAUUUGCCCGUCGACUCUCAGCGCAGCACGAUCAAGGCAGACAGGGGACAGCUCGCCCUGCUUAACCACGGGCUGACCCAAUAUCUCGAACGGUACAUCCGCGACGAGAUCCAGGAGCAAAUCCUCAUCUGGCAUAUCGCCACGGACAUCUACCUCGCCAAGAAUGCUGAAAGAGACGACGCCUCCUCGCAACUCGUGGAAGCAGUCAAGCUUGUGUCCAACUACAUUAUGUUCCUCCUGGUGGAAAGGCCAUCCAUGGUACCUGGCCUCGCCCUUCUCAGGCAGUACGAAGCAACCCGGGAUGAGUUGCUCCAGAAGAACACGGAUGGCCAUAAAGAUGCAGAUAAUCAUGGCAGAUGUCUGGUUACGAUGAAGAACAUGUCCAGCAACAAUGUUUCCAGUGGUGAUCGUGAUCGGAGUGCACUGCCACUUGCCAGCAGGCUUGCUAGCAAGCUGCUCAAGAAGCCAGUCAAGGUAAAAUUUUUGUUUGACAUGUGGAUGGAGAUGUUGCUGUUCGUGAGUCACCGGUGCAGUAGUGAGGCCCACGCCAAGCAGCUCAGCAAAGGUGGCGAGCUGACGACCAUCGUGUGGCUUAUGGCGAAACAAGCUGGCAAAUUCUACACGGACAAAAGGAUCAGUGGGGAAGACCAAGACGAUGGAUCAGACGAAGAACAGAAUGAUCCUUCGGAGACCUUUUUUAGUAACCUUGAAAACCUUGAGGCUUAUGCUUGGGUGCAUAACUCAAAGGACCCGAUUGAUGGAAUCGACAGGAAGUCAAAUCAGUACCGGGCAGAUGUUCAUCAAGAAAACAACAAAUUAAACCAACAGAGGUUUGCCGCAGGAGAAACUGGAACCAACUCAAAAUCUGUUGAGAUCGUGUUAAGAAACCAGUAA